AUGAAGUGCAUGACAGAAACCUUCAUCUUGGUCCAUCCUCCGAAGCAAGAUGAUGCACUCAUAACUGCAUCACAUUCACCUCAAGCAAGCGAAGAGACAGUCGCAGAGUCGACCGGCUGUGCUGACUGUACAGUGGGAGAAUCUGCAGUGAGAAUGGUAUCCAAAGUUUUGCGGUUUGACGGUAGCUUGAGUUUAGAUGCCAUGGACGCCAUGCUGAUAAGCUUCCUGCUUGCCUCGCGGAAACUCGGAGGUGGAAUCGGCUUGCCCACAGCGCCGCGCUGCUCUAAUAGCCGCAUAUUGAUCCUGUUCAAGCCCUGCGCGUCUUGGAUAGAGGCAUUCGACACAACAAGUGCGCCUUGCAUCGAACUCCAAUGUAGACGCACCUGA